UCAAACCGAGAUCUCCAGAGUUAUAUAAAAGUGGUUUUGCCACUAGUGUAUCCCCAUUACCUCAGAAAGAAAACUGUAACCGACACAGUGACACAUCCCAAUCAAACCGAUGCAUCUACUGUAAAGGAGAACACCAUCUUUCUGCUUGCAAUCAGAUUCUCAAAAAACACCCACAAAGAGAAGUUGGAAUUCCUCAGAAGCAAAGGACUUUGCUUUGGAUGUUUAGAAAAGGGCCACAUGAGUAAAGGAUGCAAACAAAGACAUACCUGCAAAGAGUGCAAUCUCACACACCCCACUCUGUUGCAUUUCAGUAAUAUCGAGUCGAGCAAAGGAAAGGUAAAGACUGUUGCAAAUGCUUUAGUGGAUAUGGAUAAAGAUGAUUCACGGGAGGAGGAUAUUGGGGCCGGUGAGCCUGAAGGCACCCUGGCUAUCGUUCCUGUGAAGGUGAAAACAAAACAGGGUAAUACCAUCAUAACAACAUACGCCUUUCUGGACCCAGGUAGUACGGCUACCUUUUGCACAGAGUCCAUUCUACAGCAGCUUCAAGUGACUGGACGCAACACGAAGAUACUCUUACGAACAAUGAAUAAAGAGGAGUCAGUUAAAACAUCUGUUGCAUGUGACCUUGAAAUAUGUGGUAUAGAAAGUAACCAGUAUGUAGCACUUCCACCUGUUUAUUCACAAAACAAAAUACCAGUACGAAAGGCAAAUAUUCCCUCUCAGGAGGAUGUGGGACAGUGGGAAUACCUGAAAGAGGUCAAUAUACCACAAAUUGAUGCAGAGGUUGGCUUGCUAAUUGGGUGCAACGUGCCAAAAGCUCUAGAGCCAUGCAAAGUCAUAAACAGCCAAGGGAAUGGCCCGUACGCUGUUAAGACCAUUUUAGGUUGGACAAUAAAUGGACCUCUAGGAAGGUCAGAUACGACUCGUUGGAUUAAGCCAGUCGUUACAGCAAACAGAAUUUCUGUUGUGGAAAUCGAGGAAUUGUUGAAGCAGCAAGUGAAGCUGGACUUUCCAGAACAUCAACACAAGGAGCGUCUGGAAAUGUCAAGAGAGGAUCACAAGUUCAUGGAAAGUGUCUCUAAUUCUGUCAAGUUAGUAGACGGACACUACAGUAUUGGACUGCCAUUAAAGGAAAAAGGACUUGAUUUUCCCAAUAAUAGACGUGUUGCUGAACAAAAAGACAAGGCAAAUCAAAGCAAAAGGAGCUGGUAUAUUCCACACCACGGCGUGUACCAUCCAAAAAAGCGUAAACUGAGGGUGAUUUUUGAUUGCGGUGCAACUUACCAGGGCACAUCUCUGAAUGCACGUCUUCUCCAAGGCCCAGAUUUAACCAACAGUCUUAUUGGUGUCCUUACAAGAUUCCGGCAGAAGAACAUUGCAUUCAUGGCAGAUAUUGAAGCCAUGUUCCAUCAGGUCAAGGUGCCAGAGGAAGACUCAGAUCUUCUCACAUUCUUGUGGUGGCCCGAUGGAGAUCUCAGUAGUGAGCUAGAAGAGUACCAAAUGGUUGUACACAUCUUUGGAGCAACAUCCUCGCCUAGUUGUGCCAACUUUGCCCUACAACAGUGUGCAAGAGACAAUGUGGAUGACUUUAGCCCAGAGGCUGUAUCUUCGAUGCUAAGAAAUUUUUAUGUGGACGAUUGCCUAAAAUCAAUGGAAGACGAGAGGAAGGCAGUGAUAAUCGCUCACGAACUUAAAACCCUGUGCAUCAAAGCGGUAGCACUGUGCCGCCUCAGUGAUCAGAGUAUGCCUCAGUUAACCUGGACUGUGUUGUACACGCCCUGA